GGGGGCGUGGCUCAUGCAAAUGCGCGCCCGGCCACGCCCCCGCCCUGGGCCCGAGGCUCCCGACCCGGAAGCGGCGGCCUGGAGCAAGAUGGCGCCUUCGGGGCUGAAGGCGGUGGUGGGGGAGAAGAUCCUCAGUGAAGUCAUCAGGAGCGUCAAGAAGGAGGGAGAGUGGAAGGUCCUCCUCGUGGACCGCCCGAGCAUGCGCAUCCUUUCGUCCUGCUGCAAGAUGUCGGACAUCCUGGCCGAGGGCAUCACCAUCGUGGAGGACGUGAACAAGAAGCGGGAGCCCAUCCCCAGCCUGGAGGCCAUCUACCUGCUCAGCCCCACGGAGAAGUCCGUGCAGGCGCUGAUCGCGGACUUCCGUGGGGCCCCGACCUUCACCUACAAGGCUGCGCACGUCUUCUUCACCGACACCCUCCCGGAGCCGCUGUUCUCCGCGCUGGGCCGCGCGCGCCUGGUGCGGGCCCUCAGGACGCUCAAGGAGAUCCAGCUGGCCUUCCUGCCCUACGAGGCCCAGGUCUUCUCCCUUGGCCCCCACAGCACCUACAACCUCUACUGCCCGUUCCGGGCCGGCGAGCGCACGCGCCAGCUCCACGCCCUCGCCCGGGGCCUCGCCACGCUCUGCGCCACGCUGCGCGAGUUCCCCGCCGUGCGCUACCGCAGGGGCCCCGAGGACACCGCGCAGCUGGCGCACGCUGUGCUCGCGCAGCUCAACGCCCUCAAGGCCGACACGCCCGGCCUCGGGGAGGGCCCCGAGAAGACGCGCUCGCAGCUGCUGAUCGUGGACCGCGCGGCUGACCCCGUGACCCCGCUGCUGCACGAGCUGACCUUCCAGGCCAUGGCCUACGACCUCCUGGACCUGGAGCACGACACCUACCGGUAUGAGACGACGGGGCUGAGCGAGUCCCGGGAGAAGGCGGUGCUCCUGGACGAGGAUGACGACCUGUGGGUGGAGCUGCGUCACAUGCACAUCGCCGACGUGUCCAAGAGGGUCACGGAGCUCCUGAAGACGUUCUGCGAGAGCAAGCGGAUGACCACGGACAAGGCCAACCUCAAGGACCUGUCCCACAUCCUCAAGAAGAUGCCCCAGUACCAGAAGGAGCUCAACAAGUACUCCACCCACCUCCACCUGGCCGACGACUGCAUGAAGCGCUUCAAGGGCCCCGUGGAGCGGCUGUGCGCGGUGGAGCAGGACCUGGCGAUGGGCGCGGACGCGGAGGGCGAGCGGCUGCGGGACGCCAUGAAGCUCAUCGUCCCGGUGCUCCUGGACGCGGCGGUUCCCGCCUACGACAAGAUCCGGGUCCUGCUGCUCUACGUGCUCCUGCGCAACGGCGUGAGCGAGGAGAACCUGGCGAAGCUGAUCCAACACGCCAACGUGCAGAGCCACAGCGGCCUCAUCCGCAACCUGGAGCAGCUCGGGGCCUCGGUCACCAACGCCGCCGGCCCCGGGAGCAGCCGGCUGGAGCGCAGGGAGCGGCCGGAGCCCACGUACCAGCUGUCGCGCUGGGUGCCCCUGCUCAAGGACGUCAUGGAGGACGCGGUGGAGGACCGGCUGGACCGGAAGCUCUGGCCCUUCGUGUCCGACCCCGCGCCCGCGCCCAGCGCGCAGGCGGCCGUCAGCGCCCGCUUCGGACACUGGCAUCGAACCCCCGGGCGGGCGGAGGCGCGCGCGCGCGGGCCGCGGCUGCUGCUGUUCGUGCUCGGGGGCGUCGCCCUGGCCGAGGCGCGCGCGGCCUACGGGGUCACCAGGGCCGCGGGGGGACGCUGGGAGGUGCUGGUCGGCUCCUCCCACAUCCUCACCCCGACCCGCUUCCUGGACGACCUCAAGACCCUGGACCAGAAGCUGGAGGACAUGGCCCUGCCCUGAGCCCCUCCUCCCCCUCCUCCUCCUCCUCCUCCUCCUCCCCGUC